AUGUCUGGUGAGGUGUCUACUUAUACUGUGACCUGCGAAAACUCUCUAGGACAGCUACUUCUGAUAGAACUGGAAAAACAAAAAAAUUUCAUGGUCCUUAGUGACGCUUGGUUCCCUGACAAGGUGGAAAUCAAAUCACCCGAGGGCGACGUUUACACUUUCCCCGUCUACUGCUGGAUCAGUGACACUGAGACUCACCGCUACAGAGAGGGAAAAGCUCUGAGGAUCUUUGAAGAAAACAACCCUCUUGGUCAGUACGCACGGGAGCAGGAGCUGAGCCAGCGGAGUAAAGACUAUAGCUGGGACAUGUAUCACCCAGGCCUGCCAUACAGCAUUAAGGCAGAUGGUCCCCUUACCCUGCCGGAUGAGGUCCAGUUCUCCUUCACCAAAACUACACAGUUUGCCUUCACGGCAGCCAUUGGGUUAGCAGAGCUGAAGCUAAAGGGCCUGCCAGAAAACCACGACAGUUGGGAGAAUCUCGACGAUAUCAAUCAAGUGUUCUACAAAAAAGACACAGCCUUAUCAGAUUAUGUCCAGGAACACUGGAAGGAGGAUGACUUCUUUGGAUACCAAUAUCUAAACGGCAUCAAUCCCAUCCUGAUCCGACGUUGCAAAACUCUGCCGCCGAAUUUCCCCGUGACCAAUGACAUGGUUUGCAUGCCUGCGGGCUCAGACCUGUCUAAUGAGUUGAAGCAAGGCAACAUUUACCUGUGCGACUACAAGAACCUGGACGGAAUGCCAGCAAACACAGUCGUUGGAGAGCAGCAGUACUUAACGGCGCCCCUGGUUCUGUUUCACAAGAGACCAAAUGACAAGCUGAUGCCUAUCGCCAUUCAGCUGAAGCAGACCCCAGGUGAAGACAACCCCAUCUUCCUCCCCACUGACUCCACCCAUGACUGGCUGACGGCAAGGAUAUUUGUGAGAAGCGCCGACUUCUCAGAGUAUCAGCUCAACACGCACUUGCUGCGCACGCACCUGCUGGCCGAGGUCUUUGCAGUGUCGUUGCUGCGCAACCUACCUAUGGUGCAUCCCCUCUACAAGCUCCUCAUACCCCACACUCGCUACACCCUGCAUAUCAACGAACUAGCUCGAGAUACGCUGAUCGGCCCCACCGGAGUCUUCACCUUGUUUGCAGCUUCCGGCGGAGUUGCUUUAAACAGGAUCCUGGCGAGAUCGCUGUCCGCCAUCACCUACACUUCCCUUUGUAUCCCAGAUGACAUCACUGAGCGCGACAUGCAGGACGUCCCCAACUACUACUACAGGGAUGAUGGGCUCAAGAUCUGGAACAUCAUGUACAAGUUUCACCAGCCUACCCACCCUCGUUCUUAUACAGGAGACAACACUGAUUGCUAUCUGGGUCUUCAAGCUCCUCAUCAGCAUCCAGACAUUCUGAUGGCGAAUUGGCAGAAGCACUGUCCAGAAUCCAACUGGCUGUUCUGUCUUCUGUGA